AUGAGGGAGCGAAGGUCAUUGCCGAUCAGUAGCGAAGUGGCGCUGAAGAAUGAGAAAGAAGGAACUGGAAAGUUAGCAGUGAAUUCAGUUAUAUGCGGAGUGGUGGAUGAACUGUCUAACGGAAGAACUGGCAGGCGAGGAUCUUGGGUGCGUCACGCAGUCAUGGGUGUGCUACGGUGGAAAGACCUGACAGGGGUUAGGACGAGCACGCCGACUGAACAAAAAGAGGUAUUCCUAUCUAUGAUAUUUUGCAUAGAACAAGCAUUAAAACUUGAUAUGAUCUAA